AGUCAGUGACAUGCCCAUGCGAGUACCUGAGGAAGGUGAGUGAGUGCAGACAGAUGGGGCCUGGUGCCCUUGAGCAGUUCCCGGGUCUCAGCUGCCACACAUCUCAUAGCGGGUGAUGCUGGGGGAAGCUUACGCAGUCACAGUACUGGCUUCUUCCUCUUUUUCUUUCCAUACAAGGGGCUUAGGGAUGGGGUAGAGUAGUUGACUUAUUUGGAUGAAAACCACUAUCUUCUGCCAGAAACUCAAAAGGAAUCAUUGCUGGCAUGGUAACCUAAAGAAAAACAACCAGACAAGUGCCCAACGACACUUAAAAAGGUUAUUUAUUAUCUUGCCAAGUUUAGGCUGGGCAUGGUGACUCAUGCCUGUAAUCCCAGCAUUUUGGGAGGCUGAGGCUGGUGGAUCACCUGAGGCCAGGACUUCGAGACCAGCCUGACCAAUACGGCAAAACCUCGUCCCUACUAAAAAUACAAAAAUUAGCCAGGCAUGGUGGUGUGAGCCUGUAGCCCAGCUACUCAGGAGGCUGAGACAGGAGAAUUGCUUAGAUUCAGGAGGUGGAGGUUUUAGUGGGCCGAGAUCACGCCAUUGCACUCCAGACUGUGCGACAGAACGAGACUCUGUCAAAAAAAAAAAAAAAAAAAAAAAUUAUCCUGCAAAAAUUGAAAAGGAAAUUCAAAUCAAUAGCUUCUAAACUACUUUUUAACAUGACUCAUAAAUACAUUCUAUAGUACAUAUAUAUGUUCUAUAAUUUUGAAUAAAAGAAUUAACCACAUCACAUUUAUUUUACAACAUGUAAUACAUAUUUUUUAUUCUCCUUCAUUUGUUUUGAAUGCUCUGUGCAGUCUACAAAAAGUCCAAUAAUAAUAAAAUUAUUCCUUAAGUUGAACAUUAUCUUGUCUUUUAAAAUGAUAAUCUCAAAAAUGAUCUUUUAUUUUUGAGAUUUAUAUAGAUACACACACAGACACACACACACACACAAAUAUAUAUAUAUAUAUAUUUUUUUUUUGCGACAGAGUUUCACUGUGUCCCCCAGGCUGGAGUGCAAUGGCACAAUCUUGGCUCACUGCAACCUCCGUCUCCCGGGUUCAAGCAAUCCCUCUGCCUCAGCCUCUUGAGUAGCUGGGACUACAGGUGUGCGCCACCAUGCCCGGCUAAUUUUUGUAUUCUUAGUAGAGAUGGGGUUUCACCAUAUUGGCCAGGCUCGUGUCAACUCCUAACCUCGUGAUCCGCCUGCCUCAGCCUCCCAAAGUGCUGGGAUUACAGGCGUGAGCCACCAUGCCCAGCCAAAUCUAGGGCCAGAACGUGGCUGCAGCAUAUAAAAAGAAUUGAAUUCCAUACUUUUGUUAACCCUGUUUUUUGUUUGUUUGUAGUUGUUGCUGUUUUUGAGACAGAGUCUCGCUCUGUCGCCUAGGCUGGAGUGCAGUGGUGCAAUCUCGGCUCACUGCAGACUCUGCCUCCCGGGUUCAAACUAUUCUCCUGCCUCAGCCUCCCAAGUAGGUGGGACUACAGGUGCCCACCACCACACCCGGCUAAUUUUUGUGUUUUAUUAGAGACAGGGUUUCACCAUAUUGGCCAGGCUGGUCUGGAACUCCUGACCUUGUGAUCCGCCCACCUCGGCCUCCCAAAGUGCUGGGAUUACAGGCGUGAGCCACCACACCCAGCCCCUCUUUUGUUUUUGUUUUGCUUGCUUCUUAGGGUUGUUUUUCUAUUUAUGGUAAAGGCAUUGGCUUUCCAUUUGUAGCAUCAAUAGAAUAUUUCCUGUUUACAAUAACCUUAUGUCAUAGUAAAUGGUAAAGGGAUUUAAAGCAGUGGUUUUCAGCUGCCAGAGGCCUGAGAGAGUUUGGGCAUACUCUGUGUGAUCGGGCAGAAGACCUGUGGGAAGUUUAGCAGAGGACAGGGCCAGGAAAGGUGAUGGACAGUGGGGGUCUGUCCUGGUCACCAGGCCCCUGGGUCCUGCCCACCUGCUUGGAGCUCCCCACCCAUCACACAUGAUGCUGCCAAGCCCUCUGGGUAUUGUGGGCAAAUACCUUAGGAGAGAAGCUGAUGAACUUUGUUUCUUGAAAUGCACAGAUUCCUUGGACAUCCCUGAGAGGUCAAUCAUGAAAGUCAACUUGGUUUUCUCCCCCUCAUUUGGGUUCAGAAUUUAAAGUCCACACACACAGGCAGUAAGAUGAUAUAGAUAAGGACAUCAUCACUCGGUUUCAGAUGUUAAAAUGUCUAGGUGGGUUAGGGGUGAUUUGCGAUCACACAACCUUGUGGCACAAAGAGGAAUUCCCAGGCCAGAGGGAGACAUUUUAUUGCCAUGUUAUGAUCUUAUCAUUGAGUUGAAAGGCAAUCUUGUUUCAUUUUGGAUUCUUUCUUAUGUUUAUGUCUUCUAAGGGCACUUUGAAUUUCCAAGCAAAUAAUAAUUUUGAAUUAGCUUUUAAUCAUUGACUUCUAGCACAGUUAUAUGAUCAGAAACAUGCUGUGUGAUUUGAUUGCUCUCAAAUAUAUUGAGAUUUGCUGGAACAAAAUAAGUCAGGUUAAUUUUUGUAAAUGUACCAUGCAUGCUUAAAAUGAAUGUAUCUACAUUUGUUCCUGAGAUACAGGUUGAUGGACGGAUGGCUACAUGGAUGUGAUGGAGAUGGUUUACUAUCGGGACCUUCCGCAUCCUGCUGAUGUUUUGUUGCUUAGGAUAUGAAUGGCUGAGCGGAGGCUGUAAAACCUGGCACCCUGCUUGGGUAUGAGGUUCUUCCUGCCAUCCUGCCAUCAUUUGUUUUUUAUGUUUUGUCGCCAAAAGUGACCUUGAGGAACCCUGGGAGCUCAGGAAGGAAGGAGCGCCCAGAAGCAGGGACAGGGAGCUGGUUGGGGAGGACCAGAAAUCAGGUUUGUGAAGGUUCCAGAGAGGACCUGUCCUUGCGAGGAGUGUGGGAGACUGAGAUGGGGGAGGGGUCAUUGGAAUGAUGCGGGCGCUACUUGGCGUUGUCCAUUGUGAGGCACCACCGGGGUCAUCAGGGAUUGGUGGAGAGGGAGUAUAAAGCCCCAGGGUUGCCAAGGGAGGGCCCAGACCGAAGAAGGUUUGGUGGAUAGCAGAACCUUUUUGUCUCCCUCUAAUUGCUCCUAAGCCUCACGCUCCCUUGCCCCGCGUGUCCUGUUGCUUCCCUGAUCUUCUCCGUGACCUGUAGCUAAACCUUCCACCAGCGCUUGAGAACUUAAUUUGAACCGGAUCCUUUCCCAGACCCCUUUCUUCUUCUCCUCGUCCUCCUCCUCCACCUCCUCCAGGUGCCCAACAGCCCCCUUCUCCUCCUUUCCCUUCCCUUACUUCCCCCCUUCCCCUCCCCUUCCCCUCCCCCUCCCCUCCCCCUCCCCAACUAAGAUCCGGCCCCGGUCCCCGUCCCCUUCCCUCCCCCCUGCCCUAAGCCACCUCCACCUCUGUCCUGGCCGCCUCAGGGCGCCCUGAAAGGACCAGGACAUGCGGCUGCGGCUGCGGUGGUGGCUCCUCUUUUGGCUCCUGCUGGGAUUUAUCAGCCAUCAUCCCACCCCUGUUAUCAAUACUCUGGCUGUCUAUCGUCAUCGUGAGACUGACUUUUGUGGAGGAGUUCGAGACCACCCUGGCCAACAUGGCAAAACCCCAUCUCCACAAAAAUUGGAUAAUUUGAUAAUUAUCAUUAUUGGGUUUCUGAGACCUUACACAUUUACCAUUCUCUUCUGCACAAAUUACCUUUGUGUGUCUUUCCUGAAGACUAUCUUCUGGUCUCGAAAUGGACAUGAUGGAUCCACGGAUGUACAGCAGAGAGCCUGGAGGUCCAACCGACGUAGACAGGAAGGAAAUAAAAUUGGCCUGAAAGACGUCAUUACUCCAUGGAGACAUGUGGAAAGAAAAUUUAGAGCGAAAAUCCAUAAGAGGAAGGUGACAACGAAAAUCAACCAUCAUGACAAAAUCAAUGGAAAGAGGAAGACCGCCAGAAAACAGAAAAUGUUUCAACGUGCGCAAGAGUUGCGGCGGCGGGCAGAGGACUACCACAAAUGCAAAAUCCCCCCUCCUGCAAGAAAGCCUCUUUGCAACCGGGUCAGAAUGGCGGCAGCGGAGCAUCGUCAUUCUUCAGGAUUGCCCUACUGGCCCUACCUCACAGCUGAAACUUUAAAAAACAGGAUGGGCCGCCAGCCACCUCCUCCGACUCAACAACGUUCUAUAACGGAUAACUCCCUGAGCCUCAAGACACCUCCCGAAUGUCUCCUUCGUACCCUUCCACCCUCAGUGGAUGAUAAUAUCAAGGAGUGUCCUCUUGCUCCUCUUCCACACUCUCCUCUUCCACCCUCAGUGGAUGAUAAUCUGAACGAGUGUCUCCUUAUCCCUCUUCCACCCUCUCCUCUUCCACCCUCAGUGGAUGAUAAUCUGAAGGAGUGUCUCCUUAUCCCUCUUCCACCCUCUCCUCUUCCACCCUCAGUGGAUGAUAAUCUGAAGGAGUGUCUCCUUGCUCCUCUUCCACACUCUCCUCUUCCACCCUCAGUGGAUGAUAAUCUGAAGGAGUGUCUCCUUGCUCCUCUUCCACCCUCAGUGGAUGAUAAUCUGAAGGAGUGUCUCCUUGCUCCUCUUCCACCCUCUCCUCUUCCACCCUCAGUGGAUGAUAAUCUGAAGGAGUGUCUCCUUGCUCCUCUUCCACCCUCAGUGGAUGAUAAUCUGAAGGAGUGUCUCCUUGCUCCUCUUCCACCCUCAGUGGAUGAUAAUCUGAAGGAGUGUCUCCUUGCUCCUCUUCCACCCUCUCCUCUUCCACCCUCAGUGGAUGAUAAUCUGAAGGAGUGUCUCCUUGCUCCUCUUCCACCCUCUCCUCUUCCACCCUCAGUGGAUGAUAAUCUGAAGACUCCUCCCUUAGCUACUCAGGAGGCUGAGGCGGAAAAACCACCCAAACCCAAGAGGUGGAGGGUGGAUGAGGUGGAACAAUCACCAAAACCCAAGAGGCGGAGGGUGGAUGAGGUGGAACAAUCAACAAAACCCAAGAGGCGGAGGGCGGAUGAGGUGAAACAAUCGCCCAAGCCCAAGAGGCAGAGGGAGGCCGAGACACAAUUACCCAAACCCAAGAGGCGGAGGGCGGAUGAGGUGGAACAAUCGCCCAAGCCCAAGAGGCAGAGGGAGGCCGAGACACAAUUACCCAAACCCAAGAGGCGGAGGGCGGAUGAGGUGGAACAAUCGCCCAAGCCCAAGAGGCAGAGGGAGGCCGAGACACAAUUACCCAAACCCAAGAGGCGGAGGUUGAGUAAGCUGAGAACACGCCAUUGCACUCAAGCCUGGGCAAUAAGAAUAAAUCCGUGGGUCGAAAAAAAGAAAAAAAUCAAAAAAUAAAACAAAACCCACACUCCAAAAACAAACUAACAAAGAAUAAAUAAAUAAUAUAAAAAUAAAAUAAA